AUGAAAAUUAUUUCUUUGUUGUUAUUGGUAUUAUUGUCAAUCCUAUCUGUUUUUGCUAAGGAUCAAGACAAGAAUACUACCCAAUCAUUCUCUUCAGGGCUUAUUCCAGGUCGAUUUUUUGACAGAGUGGUCAUUUUUAUUUUUGAAAAUCAAGAUUUUUCCAAGGUGGUUAAAAAUAAGUAUUUUGCGUCCUUACCAAAGAAACACAAUGGUGUGUUAUUGACCAACUAUCUUGCCACUACUCAUCCCUCUCAGCCAAACUACAUUGCAUUGAUUAGUGGUAGUACCAAGGGUACUAAUCAAGAUGACAAGUCUGAUAUCAAUCGACAAAACAUUGUGGAUCUUUUGGAAAAAAAGAAAAUCUCAUGGAAAUCAUAUCAAGAAGAUUAUCCUGGUCAUUGCAAUACCAAGAUGGAUAUCAACAACUAUGCUCGCAAACAUAAUCCUUUCAUGUCCUUUGUCAAUAUCAGUAAGAAUAAGAAAAGAUGUGCCAAUAUUGUCAAUAGUAAACAAUUGGAUGAAGAUAUCAAGAACAAUGCAGUCCCUCAAUUUGUAUUUUAUACUCCAAACUUGAAAAAUGACGCUCAUGACACCAAUAUCAAAUAUGCAUCCAAAUGGUUCAAAAAGUACUUAGAGAAGCGCAUCAACAAUAAGGCUUUGAAUAAGAAUACAAUGUUUGCUGUUACCUUUGAUGAAGAUGAUGGUGGAGGUAAUAAUAAGGUGUACACUGCUUUGUUUGGCCCUGAUUUCCAUCGCAACAAACAUUCAAGCACAGAUUCCCAGAGGUACAAUCACUAUUCCCUACUUCGAACAAUAGAGGACAAUUGGAAUCUUGGUACUUUGAAACAAAAUGAUGCCAAGGCAAAACCUAUCGAUUUGUAGCAAAAACCCAUUCGAUGAACCAAAAAGAGAAACCAUGAUGAUUGCAGCUGAGCUGUUAAUAUUUUUAACAAAAUAAAU